GUGGUAUUUUCCUAGAACAGGAUUGGACAGUUUCUGUUGAUAAAGCAUAGUUGUAGUUGUUUCUUCCCCAGCGUGACCAAUACUUGACAACAGUAUUACUUCUGCCUCUCCUCAGCAAGCAGCCUUCACUGUGGCGUGUUGUAGGAAGUCAUCCUGUGUUUCUAUAGGCCUGCUGACAUCAAUUGCUAAACGCAGCACCAUAGGUAGAAGGUUUCAUUAGCAUGUGAAAGCCUCCCCCAAGUCAUAGAACGUGUUCCCAGAUCAGUUUGCACAGAGCAAGAUCGAGUAUAUCAAGCAAAUACUUACAGGUUAGAUUGUGUUUGUGAGGCUCCUUGAGAAGAAACUGAGUACAUUCUACUGGGAGAUAUAUUGCUGGAGUCCAAUGCAGCGUACACACACCCUUAAGAUACCCACAAGCACUGUGCAUCUAAGCCAGUUGGGCAAGUCCCAAGCCAGCCUUGCGAGCAUCACAGCGCAAGAGAGCCCAACUCUGUUGGUCAUUGUGUUGUGAAUUGUAAGGCAGGAGAGUCGUCUCCACACAUGAGUGAUCUCACAGAGUCUGCCCCUGAUACUCGCAUCAAGCCACAUAACAUGGUGUCACGCGUGGUACGACUCCACACAACAAUUACCAGAUGCAAGGCAUGAAGCUGGGACAACUGUGUGCAACUACAGCUGUGAGAGCAGAAACCAUCCCCAGACGACCAUGCUGACGGGUCUCCAACACUGACCUCCUCCCACCUUGUGUCUUCACUGGUUGACCUUGUGUUCUAAUCUUCUACAAUGAGCAGUGAGUCAAUGGAGACGGUUGUCUGGCCCGACCACAACAUGAAUGAAACAGGAAUAGCGUUGUUCCACAAUUACACCAUUGGGAACAGCAGUGAUACCACCACGGCAAUGCAACCUCCUCCCAAUUUCUGUAAUCUUAAGCCAACUUUGGAGCAAUGGGAAGUUGACCUCAGCUUCUAUCUGAAUGGAGUCAUCACCUUGUUCACCAUUGUCCUUGGACUUGUGGGCAACACGCUGACAGUCAUUGUCCUUACCAACAAGACCAUGAGAACAUCAACCAAUUGCUUCCUCAUGGCUCUGGCCAUCUGGGACUCCAUCGUCCUCUUGGUGACAUUCUUCCUCAUCAGCUUAGGUGAAUUCACUGAUGAAUACAAGUACACAGUCUUCCCCUACAUCGUGGCAUUCAUAUACCCUUUGGGUCUGGUUGCACAGAUGAUAACAAUUUGGCUGACCGUUUCCUUCACUGUGGAGCGAUAUAUUGCUGUUUGUCACCCUCUAAAAGCAGCUGGCAUGUGCACCAUCAAUCGUGCCAGAAUGGUGAUAGUUGGUGUGUGUUUUGUAUCUCUUCUGUACAACAUACCCCGGUGGCUUGAAUAUCAAGUGCUUGCCUUCACCCAUCCACCAACGAAUGACUCCUGUAUGAUAAUCAUGCCAACAGAGUUCAACAAAGACCCAAUGUACAAUAAGAUCUACUUCGGCUGGUCCUACUUUUUGGUGAUGUGUGUUAUUCCCCUUGUGUCACUGGCUGUGCUCAACACAUUUCUCAUACUGGCUGUGAGACGUUCCAAAGCACAACGGAAAGAUAUGAAUGUUCGUCAAUCACGGGAGAACAAUGUGACAAUCAUGUUGAUAUCGGUUGUCCUUCUGUUCAUGCUAUUCCAAGUGCCAGCUCUUAUAUACAAUAUGGCUUAUGCUAUCGACAUAAACGCUGUACACUCUUCAUUUGGAUGGAAAAUUCUAUCAACUAUUCGGAAUUUCCUGGUGAAUCUUAACAGUGCUGUGAAUUUCAUUCUGUACUGUGCUUUGGGGCAAAAGUUUCGACGGACAUUUGUACGAAUAUUUUGCCCAAAGAUGCGAAAGAACUUGGAUAAUUUUAAUUCGUUUUCAAACACAUUCAAGAUGGAUAAGAUGAAGAAGGCAAAUGGGGCAAAUAAAUAUGUCAAGAUGGCCAACAAGAAUAACCACACUACAUCAACGACAGGGGAUUCUGGGGUCGUCACCAAGUCUGCUGCAAUUUCCAGGUACUCACCUCCUGUUUCUAAUGACUCCAAUUUCACUGAUAAUAGUGUUGCACCUGGUAGUGUAAAAAAUGACAAGGUUGAAAAACCUACUAAUGGUAACCUUGAUAACAAUGUUGAAAGUAGCAGCAGUGAUGCUCUUGACAGCAAUGUUCUUGACAGCAAUGUUCAAACAGGUCACAAUGCUGAUGGGGGAAGAGUUUGCAAUGAAAAUGAUGCAGAAGAAAAGCAAACUCUAUCUAAUGUUGGCACAGGUGAUAAUGUUAGCAAUGGCAAAAAAGUUGAAAAGGAUACCAAUGAUAAUGUUGAGAACCCCCAACCAGAGGUUUCCAAAGAUGAUAAAGAACCAAUUGAUGAAACAAAUAAGGCCCCAAAUGAUAAGCCAGAAACUAAUGGUAAACACCCCUCAUCUGAUAACCAUUUACCAAAGGAAGAAUUCAUUCCAAACGAAAACUUUAUUGAAAAUGAAAACUACAUAGAUAUUGCUAAAUCUGACUUAGAUGCCCCACUCCUUCUGUUGUUGGAGAGUUGUAGGGAGAGUGACAUUCUUUAGAGGCACGCCUACCUGGUGUAGACAUCUCUCUUCAAUGGCUAGGUGCUACAAGGCUCAGUUUUAAGAACGCCAUUCUUUGACAGCAUCACUACUUUGUGGCUGAAGUCUCUCUGCUUUAGCUAGAUGCAACCUGGCAUGAAACUGGACAUGGCUGCAGCAGAUAUAGAAAUGGUGACAUAUGGUAAUUCCAGGCCAUGUGAAGUCACUCUUUUCUGUCUGUGUGCCACAUGAGUGGAUUGGACUUGUCCAGGUCAUCCUCUGCCAGGUCCUGUUUGUCCCAAUCUCAUGACUGGUGUUAGGGCUCUCAAGAGACCCAAGAUGAACAAAAGUGGUCCUAGCAGAUUCAGAACUACCAAUGGAAGCUGACUGACUGCAACAGAAAACUGUCACAUGUCUUCAAUACACAAGGAAUUGCCAACAGAAAACAUUGAGAACGUAACCCAAAACUAAGAAACAGCAUAAUAAUUCUGAGAGCACGUUGUCGGAAUCAUGUAAACGGCAGCACUAAAACACCCUGCCUGCAGCCUUCCACACUAUGCAUGUACAGAACAAGAAAGAAGUUGAUCGCCAUGUCACGAGGAUCAGCAAACAGCGAGUAAAUUUACAUCCUCCAUCCUAAUAUAGAAUACCGGUAUGUUUUAGGUGUAUUAUUAUAUUAGCACUGUAUGAUGUAAAUUUACUCGCUGUUUGUUGAUCCUCGUGACAUGAUGGUUAACUUUCUUCUUGUUAUGGGCACGUAUAGGUUUGUUUUCAUGAUACCGUUCCGGCAGCAUGCUCUCAGAUUUAUGAUGCUGUUUCUUAGUUUUGGGUUACGUUCUCAAUGUUUUCUGUCUGCGAUUACUUGUGCAUUGUAGACAUAUGACAGUUUUCUGUUGCAGUCUGUCAGUUUUCAUUGGACGGCCUGAGAUUCUAAGCAGCUAAGAACGUCAUUGCUGUGGACAAUGCUGGAAAGCAGCAAGGACGCAGAAUGCGAUCAGAGCAAGAGAUAGGUGUUUGGCUCAUUUUGUACAUGUCUCAAAUGCAAUGUUCAGGUAGGCAAGAAUAUAUUGCACAGGGGUAAGCGCUGUCCAUGCCAAACUGGAUGUUUGUAGGUAGCAACUAUCAUUUCCUUCAUGAGAGUAAAACUUGUGAUUUCACCAGAGCAUGGUUUAGGCUUGUUUUUAGCCAUUUUACCUAAACAUCUUGAACUAAAAGAGACCUGUCAACUGACUGAUCUGUUUCAUAUUUAGAUGACCUACGUAUAAAGAUUCAGAGUAACAAAAACUGUCCACAUCAGUGACAAAAAUUAUGUUCGAUGCAAUUUUGUUCAGGUUAACACAUGAUUUGCCUUUGUAUGUGUUUGCGACAGGUGUCAUCUGUGGGGCAGGAUAUGUUCUCCUAUUCGCAAACACCUAGUAUCAUCACUUUUUGAUAGGGAUUCAAAAACGAAGGCUUAUAAUGUAGUCAGCCUAUAGCUGGCAUAAUGCUGAAUGAGGCUUUAAACAAACAAACAAACAAACAUAACAUAAUAUAAUAUAAUAGUCAGAAUCGUAAAUGGACAUUCCUUUUAGAAUUCGAUUUAGUUCAAAUUAUCAAGUAAAAGGGCUAAGAACUUGCCUAAAGCAUGCUCCACGUGCUCAGGUGAAAUCCCAAUUUUUACUGUCCAGUGAGAAAAUGGUAGUUGCUAAUUACCAACUUCCGGUUUGACAUGGACAGCGCUUACUCCCAGUGUAUUCGGAAGAAAUGAAUUGAAAUGGCAGUGAAGUGUGUAAUGAACUUAAGCAGAAUGUGUACUUACUGGUGAAAGGCCAUCACUUACUUAGGAAGACCAUAGGAAGAGGUGGGUGCUUCAGUUUACUGCUCUACUACUGGGCAUGUCUGUGUGGACAAGGUACCAGAAUGAAUGCAGGAUGGACUGUUGAACUGUAUACGUAAGAACAAUGUGAUUAUGUUGCAUUGGCCCAUUAAUGGGCUUUAACUAACAUAGAUCUACACAUAUUUACAAAAUAACCUGUUAUUUAUUGGUAAUUUUCAUUAUAACUAAAUCCUUAAUUAAUGCUGCUAACAGAUUCAAUUUGUCACCACACUAUUGUCAUUCUAUAUCACCUUGAUUCCUGCAUCACAAGAGUCAUGCUUCAUUACUAAAACCUGCCCAUCAGAAGUUCAAAUUAUUAGGACUAAAUCCAUCAAACUAGUACUUAAAGCUUCAAGGUAACAAAACUCGGCAAAUGUAUGCAACACUUUUUUUGUGAAAGUCAUGCUAACCUUACACCACUUCAUUUAUACAUGUCACAUGUCUAACAGUCCACGGAAGACAUCCACUCUGAAAAAUGGUGUUAAAAGGACAUGGUGACAUUAUCACGAUGUUCCCCGACUGUCAAAGAUAAAUAACUCAAGAAUGUUAAGGCAGCCAUUUUGUAGGUCACAAGUAUUAUUGUCCAACUACUUUCAUACUUUACAGAAAUCAUAUUCCUGAAUAUAAACCCACAUAUCAUGUACUGAAGUAUCACUUGUUAUUGUCCCUGGUUUAUUGAGCAACAUCAUGCAUGGGGGAGUAUCUAUGGUCCACUACUGCUGCUUUAUUAUUGGAAGGUUUACGGCAGCUGCAGAGCUGAGAUGACGAUGUGGGUCUGCUGUAAGUUUGUACAGUGGCUCACUCCACCAUGUAUGUAAGUGCAAUGAAUGUUGCACUACCUGUAACAGGCGUUACGGUGACGGUUGUACGGUGAAAGGAGGCCUUGCGUAAAACAUAUCAAAGAAUGUACAGAGUCAUCACGGUGAGAUGAUGUAGUGAAAGGAUGAGCCAGGGAGAUGCACUGCUUGAAUUCAUAUGUUAUAGCACAGGCUGAAUUCCAUUUCAAAGCACACAGCAUUCAAGUUAUGGCACACCCUCUCAGAGUGUUAAAUGUGAAAGCUUUGUCACAACGAUUUAAAUUUAUUUUUUAAAAAAGAAAGAUAUUUUUAGGUAGAAGACAAGUUCUGAACUUCAAAAGGCAUUAUUGUAAGCAGAUGGUUGAGAGAUACUAUGUUCAACAUGAAGUCAUUUAAAGUAUGGUUGCAUUCAAAUAAUGAAUUAUUUAGUACAUGUAUUUUAUGAAAAAUUCAAUAUUUCAAAACGUCUUCUGAAAAUGGCAGACAUUUUGUAAAAUGCAAGAAAAUACAAACUGUGGUCACGUGGUGAACAUGUCGACAGCAAUUUACUGAUGAAAUAUUACCUGGGAUUAGUUUUCAUCUACGCGACUGACCGAACAAAAUCCAUAUUGAGGGAAAGGAUUAUGGCAAAACACAACUUGUUCAACAUGGACUGUUUUGUUUUAUACAACCUUCUCAGAUUGAGCUUACUUAAUGAAAGUUUGUCAAAUCUAUAGACACUGAGGCCUGGCCAUGCUCAAGCAAUUGUUCAUUAAAAUCAUUCCCAUUGAGUACUUGAUAGUUUUCUUUGUCUAUUGAAAUGAUUUGACUUCCUUGAAUCCAGUCUAUUGGGUAUUAUUAAACCAACAAGAAAACAUUCUUUAAAUAAUUAUGCUCAAACUGCUGUUUCAGGUAACUUCCAAUUUUCUACUGUUCAUGUGCUGCCUGAAAUAUGUCAGAUGUCGACUUAGCUCACAACAGUGACACAAGUUGUGUUAAGCGAGAUGUAGUAAUGUUGUUCAUUAAUCACUGCAGUACAGUUUAUGCAUAGGUGAAGCCUGCAUUCUGUCAGUAAACAAAAAAGAGCAAAGAUAGUUACGCACAUGUAUGUAUGUGUUGUUAUACGAUUGUUUUUGGACAUUUUUCAUGCAUAUUUUUCCCGCAAUUCAAAACUAAUUGGAUUAUGAUGACAUAUUUUGCGUGAUUUACCCAAUACAAUCAGGAACUCUGAGACAGGGUUAGGCUUUGAUCAAUGGUCUUCGUUAGGUCUGCCUUUUCUUUGGACUUCAAUCAUGGACUCAUUUGGGGGGGGCCCUGCAGUGUAUAGUUUUGUUAAAAAAAAGGUCAAACAACAUAUGUUCCUAUAUUGUUUUAUUCAAACAUAUUUCCAUCUUUCACAAAUAUUAAGGUUUUCUUAUCUCAAACAAUGACCAUUUAUAGUAAUCCAAUUAUAUUUAAUCAUUAUUCAGAAUACAUAUUGUUGAACUUUACAAAGAUUUAAAGGAAGUUAACCUACAAUAAUAUUACAAACAUAGUUUAUUCUGAAUGCAACUAUAACAUUGUGAAAUAUUGGGCAGUUGUCAUUAUUUAAAGAACAACUUUGUUAAUGACUUCUAUAAAUAGAUUAUCCUUGUUUUUGUAUGCUGUCAAUCGGAGCCUUGUACAGUUUCAGAAAAAAAGUGCAAUAGAAAUUUUCAGACAGGCUCAUCAAUAAAACAAUGGCCUGGUUUUUCCUAGUACAAAGAAAUAUAAAAAUAUAAACAGUAAAGUCUGAUCUAUGAAUAAAAUAUGCUACUUGGGCUAUACAUAGACAAGUGACCACAUAAAUGAGAAGAUUCACAUGUUAAAUGGCGGUAAAGAUGUGGAGUCACUUCACACAGACAAAUACUGAAUGUGCAAUAUAUUUUUGAAGGCUGCUGCAUUACAAAGAGAUGCUUGAAUGUUGUGUGUGCCAUGAGUGGACAAGGAACCUGUUCUGUCUGGCUGAUGGAGAGAUGUAGACUUGUGUUCUGGUGUGAGAUAAUGAGUGGACAAGGAAACAGUUCUGUCUGGCUGAUGGAGAGAUGUGGACUUGUGUUCUGGUGUGAGAUAAUGAGUGGACAAGGAUAAUAUAAACAGUUCUGUCUGGCUGAUGGAGAGAUGUGGACUUGUGUUCUGGUGUGAGAUAAUGAGUGGACAAGGAUAAUAUAAACAGUUCUGUCUGGCUGAUGGAGAGAUGUGGACUUGUGUUCUGGUGUGAGAUAAUGAGUGGACAAGGAUAAUAUAAACAGUUCUGUCUGGCUGGUGGAGAGAUGUGGACUUGUGUUCUGGUGUGAGAUAAUGAGUGGACAAGGAAACAGUCCUGUCUGGCUGAUGGAGAGAUGUAGACUUGUGUUCUGGUGUGAGAUAAUGAGUGGACAAGGAAACAGUCCUGUCUGGCUGAUGGAGAGAUGUGGACUUGUGUUCUGGUGUGAGAUAAUGAGUGGACAAGGAUAAUAUAAACAGUUCUGUCUGGCUGAUGGAGAGAUGUGGACUUGUGUUCUGGUGUGAGAUAAUGAGUGGACAAGGAAACAGUCCUGUCUGGCUGAUGGAGAGAUGUGGACUUGUGUUCUGGUGUGAGAUAAUGAGUGGACAAGGAAACAGUCCUGUCUGGCUGAUGGAGAGAUGUGGACUUGUGUUCUGGUGUGAGAUAAUGAGUGGACAAGGAAACAGUCCUGUCUGGCUGAUGGAGAGAUGUAGACUUGUGUUCUGGUGUGAGAUAAUGAGUGGACAAGGAAACAGUCCUGUCUGGCUGAUGGAGAGAUGUAGACUUGUGUUCUGGUGUGAGAUAAUGAGUGGACAAGGAAACAGUCCUGUCUGGCUGAUGGAGAGAUGUAGACUUGUGUUCUGGUGUGAGAUAAUGAGUGGACAAGGAUAAUAUAAACAGUUCUGUCUGGCUGGUGGAGAGAUGUGGACUUGUGUUCUGGUGUGAGAUAAUGAGGGACAAGGAUAAUAUAAACAGUUCUGUCUGGCUGGUGGAGAGAUGUGGACUUGUGUUCUGGUGUGAGAUAAUGAGGGACAAGGAUAAUAUAAACAGUUCUGUCUGGCUGGUGGAGAGAUGUGGACUUGUGUUCUGGUGUGAGAUAAUGAGUGGACAAGGAUAAUAUAAACAGUUCUGUCUGGCUGAUGGAGAGAUGUGGACUUGUGUUCUGGUGUGAGAUAAUGAGUGGACAAGGAACCUGUUCUGUCUGGCUGGUGGAGAGAUGUGGACUUGUGUUCUGGUGUGAGAUAAUGAGUGGACAAGGAACCUGUUCUGUCUGGCUGAUGGAGAGAUGUGGACUUGUGUUCUGGUGUGAGAUAAUGAGUGGACAAGGAACCUGUUCUGUCUGGCUGAUGGAGAGAUGUGGACUUGUGUUCUGGUGUGAGAUAAUGAGUGGACAAGGAAACAGUUCUGUCUGGCUGAUGGAGAGAUGUGGACUUGUGUUCUGGUGUGAGAUAAUGAAUGGAGAGAGUGGUCAAUAUUUUAAGACAAAGACAGUUGUGAUGGAGAUAAGGUGCCUGUGGAUUAUCGUGCUUUCAAGAUAGAUUUAUAUUUGGUAUUAAUAAUUGUAUCAUACAUAUCCUCUAACACAUGUACAAUGCCCUUCGUGAUGCUAGCUACUUUUGUUACAUACUUUGAUAUUACCUAGAUGUUUGUGCUGUGAGUUGUACUCUUCCUGUACUUAGCAAUAAUCCAGAAAUGACUACUGUAGCCCUCGGUCCUCAAUGGAAUCUAUGUGUACAUCCAUAAGAGAUUACAUUGUGGUAAUUGCAGGAAUAUUUUACAAAUAAUUAGCAUCAGAAAUUGCAAAAACAGCCACAACCAAAGAACGAGCAGUUUGGGAAAAAGUCUCUGAAUUUGAAAAAUAUAAUUAUUUUUUUUAUAUUUAAAAAAUAAGUUGAAAUUCAUGACAAAAACUGUGUAAAACACUUAGAAAAAUGUAUAUGCCAUGAUUUGCUUUUCUUAAGAAUAAAUACACCUCGCAAAUAUUUCAAAUUUAAACUGUAAUCAGACAAUAAACAGGUUUCAAAAGUACAUUCAUUUAUUCACAGAAAGUAAUAAGAAUAACAUUUCUGAAUAUUUUAUAAAGCUAUGUUAAUUAUUUCCACAAAGAAGUGCCAUUGGAAAAAAAUCAUAAAAAUACAAGCUUGUAGGACAUACAUACAGUUGGGAAUUUCCUGACAAGCAACAUGACACUUUAAUGCCACAAGUAACCAACAGAAUAUCUCAGACAUAGCUACACAUAGGCCAGAGAGAACAUUGUCAGCGCCUGUGAAUGUGAUUCCAUGAAUAAACAUUCCUCAGACAUGUCAAUGCAGCACUCCACAGAUUGUUAAUAAUUCACAUCGAAGUGAAUCCACUGUGAUUCAAGAUUUGUAGUCACUGUCCUAUAGCCAUCUGUACAUAAAUUGUUGAUAAUGUUUCUAAAUAUUUCUGUUAUGUACGAAUAUUAAAAAACAUGUUUUUUCCUCCAAUUGUGUUUGUAAGAAAGUUUGGAUUGCUAUAUCUGAAACACACUGUUAUAUAAAUGACUAAAUUACAUUGAUAAUGGUUAGCAUAUGUGUUGAUAGACUCUUUAAUUGAAUAACAGAAACAUGAAACCAUUGCUGCAACAUAUUUGUUGUUAACAAUCAAAUCCACAAGAAAUUUACAACAAUUGAUAUACUACUCAAAACAAGUUAAAGAACACCCACGAUUGAAAGCCUGUGAGUUGCAAUACCUUCUAGCCAUGACAGACUAACUAUAGCCAUUUGAAGAAAUCGGGGGUUCUUUAACUCCUGUUGAGUUAUACUUACAGUAUCUGAUCCCUUGUUUAAUGAUACAGCCAAGUAAAAGGCAUGCCAGCCUGAUUCCAAUGACAAUUAAAGACACAGCUUCAAGCAACUCUCUGUUAGGGCUGGCUGUCAAUACAGAUCACAGAGAUUGAUAAUCAUUAACUAAAUAGCGAUCAAUUAUUUAUAAAUAACAGAGUGGUAAUUUUGAGCAAAUAAAUUCCGAAAGAAAUCAACAUAUUUCACUCCACUGGUGAGUGGCGGCACAUUUAUGCAGGGAUUACUUUGUGGACAUUUUGAGAUACAACAAAAACAGUUACUUUCCUUCUUCAGCAAUUGACAUUAUUGACAAUAACAGGUUUUGGUAAAUCUAAACUUUACUUCAUCACAAUAGUUUAUGUAAGAUAUUAUCAAGGACACAUUUUUCAUAUUGAUAUUCAUUAAUAUUUCUUCCAAUUGACGAUUAUUCCGAUUAUCGUUAUUUUUUGCCAGCCCUACUCUCGAUACUGAACAUGUUUUGAAUCUGCACACAAGUCAGCAAUAUUUGCAGUUACAAAGAUAACAAGAUGAACUAGAUACAGUGUCAAAAAAGUGAAAUGUACUUUGCAAUAAUUUUUCACACCAAAGGGUAUAAAUAUGUCGCCAGUGUCUUACUUAUCGUCGGAGGAUCUGUUGGACAGAAUCAGUGACCUUGAUGAAUGGUUGUCAUCAUGAGUAAAUGGAGUGAAUGCCUGCACAAUCUCAGAUCUUGUAUUUUCAUCUAAUACAUGCAUCGAGUUAUGGCGACACUCCAUAAAAGGUCACAUCAGAUGAGGGCUGUUCAAACUUUGACCAUCCUAUCUAAAUGAAGGAUGUGUGCAUAUCUUGAGCCAAUCAGACGCCAGCUUUCCAAAAUGAUUUGGUUUCCUUUCUUUAUCACCUUGAUUCAGAACGUUCAAUCUUAGCAAAGAAGACUGAUAUAGUAUAAACUCAGUUAUACCCUCUUGAAUGACAGGAGGCAUAAAAUACCCUCAACAGUUUUAUGUUUAUGCAUUCAGAACUCCCCAAGCAUAUUCGUUUUCCAGAAAAAGAAAACAGUAAUACUUGUCUGGAUGCUUUGCUCACUUGCUUAAAGAAUUCAGAAGCCUCAACACUGAUUGGCUGGUUAGAAAGUUCCCCUGUCAUGAUCUUCAUGCAGAGAGGUAGCAUGUGGAGAAUAUAAGAUCCGACUGUCAGGACACUGAUGCUUUAAAUAAGUAGCUUGUCUGGUCAGGACUCAAUUACUGAUAGAUCGAUGAUACAGCUUGAGUAUUGAUGACUGCACCUUUUGACUGCACUAACUAUUUGAUACUUGAAAGUACAUUCUCCUGCCUUUGUGGCUGAAAUAUUGAUGAAUGCAUCAUUUAAUUGAACACACUCACUAUUUGAUACUUAAAAGUACAUUCUCCUGCUUAUGUGGCUGAAAUAUUGAUGACUGCAUCAUCUAAUUGAACACACUCACUAUGAUACUUAAAAGUACUAUCUCCUGCCUUUGUGGCUGAAAUAUUGAUGACUGCAUCAUCUAAUUGAACACAUACACUAUUUGAUACUUAAAAGUACAUUCUCCGGCAUUUGUGGCUGAAAUAUUGAUGACUGCACCAUCUAAUUGAACACAUUCACUAUGAUACUUAAAAGUACAUUCUCCUGCCCUCGUGGCUGAAAUAUUGAUGACUGCAUCAUUUAAUUGAAAACACUCACUAUUUGAUACUUAAAAGUACAUUCUCCUGCCUUCGUGGCUGAAAUAUUGAUGACUGCAUCAUCUAAUUGAACACACUCACUAUUUGAUACUUAAGAGUACAUUCUCCUGCUUUUGUGGCUGAAAUAUUGAUGACUGCAUCAUUUAAUUGAACACACUCACUGUUUGACUCACUGUUUGAUACUUAAAAGUACAUUCUCCUGCCUUCGUGGCUGAAAUAUUGAUGACUGCAUCAUCUAAUUAAACACACUCACUAUGAUACUUAAAAGUACAUUCUCCUGCUUUUGUGGCUGAAAUAUUGAUGAAUGCAUCAUCUAAUUGAACACAUACACUAUUUGAUACUUAAAAGAACAUUCUCCUGCUUUUGUGGCUGAAAUAUUGAUGACAGCAUCAUUUAAUUGAACACAUUCACUAUUUGAUACUUGAAAGUACAUUCUCCUGCCCUCGCGGCUGAAAUAUGGAUGACUGCAUCAUUUAAUUGAACACACUCACUAUUUGAUACUUAAAAGUACAUUCUCCUGCCUUCGUGGCUGAAAUAUUGAUGACUGCAUCAUUUAAUUGAACACACUCACUAUUUGAUACUUUAAAGUACAUUCUCCUGCCUUUGUGGCUGAAAUAUUGAUGACUGCAUCAUCUAAUUGAACACAUUCACUAUGAUACUUAAAAGUACAUUCUCCUGCCUUCGUGGCUGAAAUAUUGAUGACUGCAUCAUUUAAUUGAACACACUCACUAUUUGAUACUUAAAAGUACAUUCUCCUGCCUUCGUGGCUGAAAUAUUGAUGACUGCAUCCUAAAACAUUAUUCAGCCACUCACACAACAUUCACAUCAACAUUAGCAUGUAACAGACUGUAUGAUAACAGGUCCAGUGGAGCGCUGGGUCCCAUUUACUAACAUAAUGAAUAGUAUAUGAUUUGUGUCCAAACUGAUAUGUUUUAUCAUGCUGUGAACAGAUAUAUAUAUAUCUAUAUAUACACAUUUUGUUUUAAUUGUAAUAAUACAACAGCGUCAUUUUUAUCACACAUGCAGUGUUAUGAAACAUUCUAACACACAUUGUCAGGUUACCUAGUUUAUUUCAUCAUUUCCUUUACAAAACUAGGUUUCCCUCUAUUCAGAAAACAGUAAUACUUCCAGGCUUAAUAGAGGAAUGUUUAUUGGUCACAUGAUUCAGAUAAUUUCAAUCAUGAUUCUAACAAGUUUUAAUAUCCUCAUUUUAAUUAAAUCUACCCAUUUAUUUCAAUGUGCUAUUAUGAAGUGUGCCACCACUGUCAUGUUUAAAGUGCAAUACACAUUACUUGCCUGCUGGGUAACAACAGAAUAUAGACUCCCCAAAUGUUUUGUUUUGUUUAGUUUUGCUUCAGUCAUAAAAUUCCUCUUUUUGUUUAAAUGAAGUUCAUGCACCAACAUUUAUUUUCUUUCCCUCGUGUUAAGUGUUCCACAGUCAUUGAUACAUGACAAUCAAAUUUCAUGGUUUCAGUCAAUGGUUAAUGUAUCAAAAUAUCCAAUCAGAAAACCCUUUACAACUGAAGCCAUGAAACCUGGUUCAGUGGCAUACUUGAUCUUGAAGUGACUGGGCCUUAACACAUCAUGCCAAUGGACAUGAUACAUUCUACACUUGCUGUUACCAACACUUCAAUCUGAACAUCGAUCUUCACAGUAAGAUGGUUCGGGAUAACAAGGCGCAUGAUACCGUUAUUGAUACAUUCUAAAAAGAAAAAAUUCAAAUCAAAUAACAAACUAUAGCGUUGUUACAGGGUGUAAAGCAACUUCUUUGAAGUAUUCCAAACAGAGAAUACAGCUUGACAAAUGUACCAAUCACUUCAAGGAGGAGAAAGUUUCUAGCACUUCAGAUAAUCAUAGAGAUGCUUUUAGAAAGUGUCCCCCAUAUGUUGUACAUUUAUUUGCAUUUCUAUGCAUGUUACCAUGGUGUAUGUAUCCUAUAAACAAACAGCUAUAAAGUUCAGGCAAAAACCUCUUCAGGUGUUUCAACUUCCAAUCAAUCAGUUUACUGCAAAAGUUCCAAUUUUUUAACCUAUUCCUUCCAAUUCCAAUCAAACAAAUGCAUUUCCCUUCUUAACUUGUCAACAUUUAGACAUCUAUAUGAGCAUUUAUAGAACACAAUAAUGUGUAUCGUUUCCUUUAGUUAAAAAACUCUUUUUAUCAAUUUCAUUUUCUUAUUUACUUGUAUGAAGUUCAGAAAGAGAUAUGUCUUUGUGAAUAGAAUCUGAACUUGUUAGUUGUGUUUGUUUCCUUAUAUACAAUAUACAUUUGUUGUGAUGUUGCAAUUUGUCAAACAUGGCUAUACAUACAAGUGCUCAAUUCUGGCAUUUAUGCUAGUGUUAAAGGUUUUACAUUAUUAUUUUGUCUUUUGAUGAUAAUCAUCCUUUUUACAAACCAAUGGCUCAUAAGCAUAAGGUGCAACAAUGAAAUGACUUGUUUACACCCUUCAUAUAGUUUUGUUGUGUUUCACUUGUAUACAUGUAAGUAUUCUGUUGAACUUUGCUUUGUUUUCGCAUAUGUGAUUAUUGAACAUUGUGACUUGCUUUGUUAAAUUGUAGAAAGGUAUAAAGUUUUUAAAUAAUCCAACCCUAUUCCUUCAAAUGUCCAAAGGUCUACCAUGUGAUGCCUUGUUUAAAUUAUCAGUAUUUAAUAAUCACUGGUGAAAAUGACACACAAAAUCUUCCAAAUCCGAUAUCAAUUAAAUGUAAAAAUGAGUUGUCAUGACUUUCAAGAUAUGUAUACAGAUAUACAUGCAUUUUCUGAAACAGUUCAUGAUUCAUGUUUAAUUUCAACAUAUUUUGUCUUCAAUCCAAAUCUUGAUAAAAUGUCAUGAAAGCCCAUGCAUUAUUAAUCCGCUACCAAAUUAUGUUGGAGCAUAUUUCUAUGAACAAUAAUGCAAUUUAUUUUGGUAAGCACAAACAAUCUCUAAAUUAAUAAAGCUAACCUGUAUAAUUCUAACCUUUGGUUAUUGUGAGAAAAAACAUCUUAUUUGUUUAAUGUACCAGUAAGUAAAAAUCAUGUUAACAAUAAUAUGAAACAUGUUUAUGCAGACAUUUUUAGUUCAUAUUUGAUCAUUUCAAUAUACAAAUUAAAAAAUAUACCACAAAAAAUGGAAAUAAUGUUACUAAUGUAUCAUAAGAAUUGUAAGAACACACUGUUAUGCUGUUUACCAAGGUACCAGAAAUAUAAAUGUUUGUAAAAUGUUUAACAUUAAUGCAAUAUGUCCUAUGUUGUCAAUUUCUCUGAAAUAACAUGUACAUUUGAAUGUCAUUAAACAGAAAUUGCUCCCAUGUUACAGUAUUCAAGAGAAAUAAAAUGGGUUGGAAAUAUCA